AGAGCUGGCAAUACCCACGUUUUCUCAGAGCAGCAGAUAAUUCAGCAGUGCUACUGAUGAGUGAUGACGAAGAGGAACUAAGAGACAAUAAUGGCACAUGGCCAGCAAGUCUAUUUAGUUCUCUGUUUUGGGUGGAUGAAGACUCACAGCAGUGGCAGCAGAGCCAGCAAUACCCACGUUUUUUCAGAGCAGCAGAUAAUUCAGCAGUGCUACUGAUGAGUGACAAUGAAGAGGAACAAGGAGAUUAUGAUGACAUAGGGCCAGCAGGCCCUGCAAGUUAUCUGUUUUGGGUGGAUGAGGACUCACAGCUUCUUGAAGAAUAUGAACAACAAAGGAGAAACGUUACACUAAGAAGCCAGCGACAGUCAGACAGCUCUGUACGGGGUAGCAAUGAUGAAGAUGAAGCAAUAGAUAAUGAUGUGGCAUGGCCAGCAGGUACUAUUAGGUGUCCGAUUUGCAGGGAUUUUUACUCAGAGAUUCUGCAAAGUGAACGACUGCUUUUGUCAACCCAGUGUGGCCAUGUCUUCUGCAGUCAGUGCCUCCCUGUUGCCCUUGAGACUGCCAGCACGUGUCCAAUCUGCAGGACAGAACUCACUCAUGAACGGUAUCAUCCCAUUUAUAUAUGAGCACUUCUAUUUCUCAUGACAGACUCAGAUGGAUCUUGGGGGAUAGGCCAUGUAAAGACCUUUCCCUUCAUGUAUAUAGUUAUUCUUGUAUAUAGUUCCAUUUUUCCUGAAUUUAAUUAUAAAUA